GACGGCGUUCCUCAUACGGUCGGUCUCAUACGUUACUUCACGAGUGUGUAUCGAUUAUCAACGAUUGUCCCCUAUAAACGUCUGGAAAGUUCGUCUGGAAUAAUUUUCCGGGGGCUUUGUUCCGCGCUUGUUUGGCAGUGAGCCUCUUUCCUCGCAUGACCAAGCAGAACGAGUGUUGGUUCAGAAUUCACUGAUUUCGUUUAAUACUGGUUAAACGCGAUAAACCAUGAAGUUUUGGCGUGCAGUCUGCAUUUGGAUUUCUUGUGUUGUGAUGCAAAAUGUAUCCACUGGUGCCUCGACGAUAAGGAAAUACUACAUUGCCGCUGUAGAGAAAGAAUGGGACUACGCUCCGAGUGGCUAUAACAAGGUGAAAGGCGUCAAGCUUGCCGGCGACGGGUAAGAUAAAUAGAAAAGAGGCCAUUAUGACACGAUUAUGAGCCGAUUCCUCCGCGGGAAGGUACAGCGGGAAGAGUCUCUAGACAACCAAAAUGAAGCCAUGCGUUAUGCAAUACUUUGAUUUGUAGUACGUGAUGGUUGAAGAUACAGUGACAUUUGUUAUAUAGAGGAAAUUUCAAGGCACUUAGUUCUAAGUUACCAAAUUCAGUCCGAGAAUUAAUGUAAGUGGGGAUACAAUCUUAUCAUUUGGAAAAUAGCCAUCGUCCAUCUUUGCUUUCGAUUUGCGUGAUUUAAUUUUGCUUCGCCGGUUUGCUUUUAACUCUUUUGACUACCGUGAAUUGAUUUGCUCCAGUCACAACGAUGGAACUUUUGAAUUAUGCUAUGUUUUCACUGAUCUAAAAAUGACAAAAAAGACAAAAAAUCAGUGGUUACUAUUGUAGAAUGCUGCUCGCAGGCUGCGUUUCUCUCGGGAUUCCUUCAUUUCCGUGAUAUGCAAGCCGAAUAACAGCUGGGAUUUCCGGGAGUCUUCUGAGGUCACGGUCGUGUUGUGAACUAGUGUCAGAUGUUUGUGUUCGAGAGUUUUUGUUUCUGUUUUAGAGAUGCAUAAUAGCAACUGAUAAAGACGAUGAAUGCUGUUUCCAGUUGCUUUCCUUUGUCUUAGACAGCUACAACUGAUGUACAUUCCUACAUCACAGGGAACUGACUUUUUUUAUCCGUAUGUCACGCAAAUAUUGAAACAAAAAUAUAUUUUGAAAGAUCUAUUUAUCACCCAUCAUUUAGGAUACCUGCAAUGUUUUGUUAAAUUCCUCUUAAACUCUCAGAAAUAUCAGAUCCCAAAAUUAAAAAAAAGAAGAUGAUAAUUCUCACGCACCCCUCUCUCUUUUCUUGGAGGGAGGAAGAGAGAGGACCCUGGGAACAAGUUUGAAAUGUAUGUUUUGCACUCUCCCCUCUCCCCUGCUCUUAUUUUUAUAGGUUUGGUACGGACUUUUAUAAAAUUUCACAGUAUGAUAAAUCGAUCUGUGAAGAGGUAAUUUAUUUCACUUGAAAGCAUCAAAAUUGCAAUUUUGUGUACCAUAAGUAAUUUUAAAACAAUGGACCUUUAUCAUGCGAUGGCCAUUUUGUCUCGGGAGGUUUGAAAAGCUUUGUUUAUGUGCGGCUAGCCUUGUUCUCUCUACGAGGCCAGCUGUACAUAAACAAAGCUUUUUAAAUAUCCUUUUUUUUCAGAGUUUGGAAUCUGAUAUUCUGGGAGUUUAAGAGGUUUUUUUACAAACCUUGGCAAGUUUCCUAAAUGAUGAGUGAUAAAUAGAUCUUUAAAAAUAUAUUUUUGUUUCAAUAUUUGCAUGACAUAUGGAUAAAAAAAGUCAGUUCUCUGUGGUGUAGGAAUGUAGGUGUCUCAGACAAAGGAAAGCAACUGGAAACAGCAUUCAUCGUCAUUAUUGGUUGCUAAAACAGACACAAAAACUAUCAAACACAAAAAUCUGACACUAGUUCACACCACGACUGUGACCUCAGAAGAUUACUGGAAAUCCCAGCUGUUAUUUGGCUUGCAUAUCACGGAAAUGACCCUUUGGGAGGAGUAUUGGCUGUCCUGAAGAUAAAGAAUGGGUACAGACAAUGUUGUUUUGUUUUUUAUCUUCUAAAAAUUUUAAAAAGUUUAAUAUUCUAUGAGAAGUGUUUCAAUUUUGGAAGCAAGGACCAACAUUACAAAAUAGAAGGACUGGAUCUAAUCAGUUGAGAAUUAAAAUAUCUGAACAAUGGAAAGAAGCAAGGCUGAUUUUACAGUCGGGAAUAUAAUUUUUUUUGUUUUGCCAAUAUUUCGAAAGGCAUGGCCUUUUUACUUCAUGGUCUCGCAUACAUAUGAGAAGUCUGGAACAAAAAAGUGGUUCUUAAUGACCAUUUGGCCCACUACUGUGUGAUAUCUGCAUGGCAUUCGAUUUUUUGGGAGAUUAUUUCUUGACUACCUCAUUAAAGGUAGAGUAUAAAAAUUUAAAUUACCCCAACAUCAGUCUGUGUGUGGUCAUUCCUUUUUUUGGCACCUAAAGGAGACCAUUGGUAUUUCAUGGAUAUUUCUUGGCGCACAGCUUCAAGCCAUAAAUGUAUGGAUAAAAAUAUUGGUUUUUCCCCCUGAAUAUAUAAGAAAUAUCAAACCUGCAAUUUCCCCAUAACUAUCAUGGAUUUUUUCCGGGGAUUUCUCAGUUAUGAAUUCUGUGCUUCACGUUCGGCCAUUCAUUUUAAAAUUCUCGUGCGUUAAAUAGAGAAUGACCCUUAUUUUCACUCUUACUUUUAUGCAGUGAUGCUGCAGUCUUUACGACCCGUGGUAACCACACAAUAGGACACAAGUAUAAGAAGUUUCUGUUUCGUGAGUACGAGGAUGCUAACUUCCAAAAGGAAAAGUCGCACCCACCCUACCUUGGGUUUCUGGGGCCUAUACUCAAGGGAGAGGUGGGAGACACGAUUGUGGUUCACUUCAAGAACAAGGCCAAAGGUAACUUUUCAGUACACCCACACGGUGUGUUUUACUCGAAGGACUCGGAAGGCGCCUUGUAUGUGGAUGAGACAAAGGGAGCGUCGAAAAAAGACGACCAUGUGCCGCUGAAUGGUGAACACACGUACACUUGGAGGAUAACUGAGGACCACGCCCCAACAGGCGAUGACGAUGAUUGUCUUACCUGGAUUUACCAUUCACACGUGUUGCCGCACAAGGACAUUAACAGUGGGUUGAUUGGUGAGAUUAAGCUUGAGAAUGUUUCUGUGUUUUCGAUGUCAACGUGUUAUAAAAAGUUAACUGAUUCAAAUAUGAUGAUGGCCCUCGGAAACUUUUCACGCACGCCAUUGUCAGUAUUUUCUGUGCAGCCAACUUUUUGAAAACCGCCGGUGUGCUUUGUAAUUGGCCACUAGAGUAAUCAACAAUCAAUAUCUUUAUUGACUUUUUCUUCGACAUGAAGAUUUUAGUACCAAAACAAUCUAUAUAAUCACAAUUGAAACAAAGUAAAAUAAAAGUGAAGUAAGAGAGAAACGAACAGCAACAAUAACAUAGAACAUUAACAUAGAAUCUUACGUUGCUAUAUAUGUAUUGCUUCUACGCUACUCGUAUUUUGAAUUAGGGUUCGGACUUGUAACAAUUUAGAAUAUUUUCAAUGUAAGAGGCACUAAGAUUUAUAAUAAUAGUAUUAUAACCUCAGUAAAGAGUCAAACCAGGUCAAGGGAACUACCAUAGUUUUUAUUAUUGAAUCGAUUCAGUCAUUCGAAGCUUGAGUCCAGUAGAGGUGAAUACAGUUUGAGAAAUAGUCCCGAUUUUCGCUGAAAUGUUUAAAACGUCCAGUCACGUGACUCACUUACAAAAAAGUGAGCAAGCAAGUAAGGAUGGGAAACUGCUUGCCUAGUUCCACAAAUAUUCGAAAAGAUGUUUCUUGUUGAAAUGAAUAUCCACCUGUCCAGUGACUGAGUCAAACCAGUCCUCAGGUUCCCCGGCACUAUCCAUCGAAUUAACAGUACUUUUCUGUUGCACAAAACUGAAAAGAAAAGAACCGCGAAACGUUACAGAGAUGAAGCCGUAAUUAUAGUUACUUCUUGUUUGCCCUUAUUUUGUGUCCACAAUGUCAGGUAUCUUGCUGACGUGCAAAAGUGGAGCUUUAGAAGGAGGAAAGACAAGAGGUGUUGACAAAGAGUUUUUAGCGUUGUUUUCUGUGCUGGAUGAGAAUGAUAGUUGGCUGCUCGAUGAGAACAUUAAGACCUACUGCAGUGAUCCACAAGGAGUAGAUAAAGAAGAUGAGGGUUUUAUGGAGAGUAAUAAGAUGCACGCUAUAAACGGUUAUUUCUAUGGAAACCUACCGGACCUGGAAAUGUGCUUAGGAGAUACUGUUAACUGGCAUUUGGCUGGGAUUGGUAAUGAAGUCGAUUUGCAUACAGGUAAGAUUCGCCACAUUUAAGGGAAUUCAAGACAGUCUUGGAUUCUGGUUUUCACGCCGUGGAUUCUGGAUUUUUUGUCAGUAGAACUUGGAUUCUGCAUUCAAUCGUUAGUGGGAUCCCGGAUUCUUUGAGCUGUACUCCAGAUUCCAGAUUUCACAAGCAGAAAUCUACCGGAUUCCGGAAUCUGGUCAGAUUUCCUUACUUGGGGCGAUAAGAUGGCCAAAGCCGCAAUGUUGUAAGAACUUACAUUCAGUAAAGACCGUAUUUGUUAUUUAUAAGAACGCAGGCGGCAAUCAAUGUAAUGAGCGUAAAAGAGAAAAUGUUCCAUGAAAACGUAAAAAAGUGGUCUCGGUCCUUUUAGCUAAGUCGCUAAAGAGAAAAAGAUCUAUAGGUAAUCAGUAGGCACGCCACGACUAGCGUUUUGGCUAAAUGCGGGCCAAGAAAUUGUAACUAAGAAAAAUUACGGUAAUACGUGUUUUAUUGUUUUUUUUUUUUGGUAACUUGAACGUUGAAACAUGUUCAAGCGAUCAGCGCGUCUUACCCGCAACCUGCUGUUACCGUCUUUCAGUUUCAGUAUAGGUAUGAGUUAAUUAUAAACUCCUUAGGCUACUUUUGAUAGCUAACUGCUUUAUUUCCUUAUAGUUUGAGGUUUUUAUCAUUUUAUGUUUGUUUAUUAGUGUAGGAUUGUUUGAGUGAAUGAUAUGCCGGUAAACGUCCGCCGUAGCCCGCCAGCCCGGUGCGUCCAUCUCUCUAAUAAGAGCGGGCUCACAACGUACUUGAUGUUGAGGUUGCGUAGCUGGCGUUUUUUUUAACGCUGUCAAAGAAACACGGUAAAAUGGUGUGGUUUCUACUUUCCUCCUCCCCAUGCCUUUGUCUCUCUUUUUUCUUUUAUCCUCUUUCAUUUUUCUCGCUUUUUUCUUACGAAUCCUUUACCGCACUCCAAAGAAACCGCCAGCUGCGCUCAACAGCUGCACAGGCUAUCUUCUAGCCAAGAAACUCUCAGGCAAUUUUCAGGGAUUUUCAAAAUUGAAAUUUUACAUUUUCUUUCUAUCAAUAGCUUAUUUCCAUGGACAAACUUUUACAGUCGACAACCAUCGCAAAGACGUUGCUUCUCUUCUACCUGCCACUUUCGUGACGGCUUCUAUGAAGGCCUUAAACCCGGGGACGUGGAUGUUAAACUGCCUUGUUAACGAUCAUUAUAACGCCGGUAUGUACGCGCUGUUUAAUGUAACGAAGUGCGAUGGAAAAAAACAUCCAGUCCCAAGUGUAAGUGGCGGGAAAAAGCGGACUUACUACAUCGCGGCAAACGAGAUACCUUGGAACUAUGGACCAACUGGUAUGAAUAAUAUGAAUGGAGAGAACUUGACACUGGCAGAUAGGUACGAACGUCAUGAUCAGAUUUCAAUGAUAUUAAGCUCCAGUUCUAACGCUGCGUCACUCAUGUUUUGUAGUCGGACUUAAGAUUAACCUGACUAAUUCAAACGGCGUCAAACCAAAACAGAAAAAGAUUUUAAUGACGAUGAUGAUAAUAGAGUAAUAGAAAUGAAAAUGAUAACGAUAAUGACAAUGAUAGUAAUAAUUUAAAUUCUCUUCAUUUGUUCAUUAGUUUCGGCACAUGAAAAUAUCCGUUGUGCGAAUCAGCAGUCGCCCCAGUGUUGGAUAAUGCGACAGUGUCUGCCCAACUUAACGUUGCGUGCCGCACCAAACUUAACUACUGAACCAAACUGAUUCAAACGCCGGUUUUCCGUAUCUAAUUCAUCUGUAAAUGAAGGUGCAGCUGCUUUUUUCUGGAAUCAGAGCUGAGGGUUUGGCCAUGCUGUCUGAUCUUAUCUGUUCACUUGUGUGUGUUUUUUCCUAUUUGCUCAGCGACUCAGCCGUUUUCUUCGCCCGAGGUAACCAGAGGAUUGGAGGAACUUAUCUGAAAGCGAUUUACGAAGAGUACACAAGCAGCAGCUUUACAAGUAAAAAGAACAAACCGGCUCAUCUUGGUUUCCUGGGGCCCGUCAUUCGAGCGGAAGUCGGUGAUAUCAUCGAAGUAGUCUUCAAAAAUAACGUAAGAAAAUAGUGAUUUAGCCAUUUGAUUCUGGAUCCAAGAAAAGGGCAAUAAUUUCUUCAAAGUAUGUUCCUUGGCUAGUAACGGGCGAUGAAGUUAACCUGUGAGAGUGAAGAAUGAUCAUCGCAGUAAUUUUUCCAAUUUAAGCAAUUGGAAAGAAGAAGCCUGAAAAAAAUCAGGGCUUUAACGGGAUUCGAACCCGUGACCUCCGCGUUACCGGUGCGUUGCUCUACCAACUGAGCUAUGAAGCCACACAUUGGGAGCGAGGUCAAUUUAUUGAAUUAUUUCAUAUACUUCACAUCAGUUCACUCCUCACGGGAGAUAUGAACUCAAAGCUGUUGUUUUGUCUACCAAAUCUAUUGUUAUUUUUGACGUUCUCGUUGCUGUCGCGUCAUCGGAUCGAAUAGGGACUUUAAGAUCCAACGACGCGGACGGCAACGAAAACGUCAAAAAAACAAACAAACAAACAAUAGGGUUUAUAAGCAAAACAACAAGUUUGCACGUGCAUCGCACUUAUUUGUACAUUUCUUUUCCCGUUUUUGCACGACUACGACGUGAAAAUGGCUAAUUUCGCGUUUUAUGGAGAACGUAGACAAGCAAAGACGAAAUUUAAUUUCUCUUUCUGAACUUGGAUAUGGUCCCUAGGAAUUUAACUACAGGAGGGUUCGCCAACAUUUGACACAGUAAGUGGGUAGGAAUAAUUGCGAUGAAGACUGAAAGAACGCAAAGUCACUUUUUAAGGGACGUUCUCGUUGCCGUCGCGCCGUUGGAGCUUAAAGUCCCUAUUACCUAUCAAACGAAAUGGUUUAAAGGGAGAAAUAAAGGAUACAAACGAGAGGAGUUUUUGAAAUGAUUGCCAAACAAUCAUUAAACAUGUAUUUAAUUCAUUUGUAUUUUCUUUAUAGGUUAUUAAUGAGUUUGAGAUAAAUUACUUAAGAUUCGGAGUUUCUUCAUUUUUCAUGCAGGCAAAUCACAACUACAGUAUUCAACCACAUGGCGUCUUCUUCAACAAGUCUAAUGAGGGAGCCUUAUACCAAGAUCAUACAUCCGGGGCUGAAAAAGCCGAUGAUAUUGUGCAACCAGGCCAUAUUUACACUUACCGGUGGACUGUACCCGAGCAUGUGGGGCCAACAAAUGCUGACGCACAAUGUGUCACGUGGUUAUACUAUUCAAGCGUAGAUCCAGUUAAGGAUACUUAUUCUGGUGAGUUUCGAGUAUUAAGCUAUUCCCUCUGAGAGAAUAAACAGUCAGUUGCAGAGAGUAACUCGCAUACGAAGCGCUAUUUUCCCGCGCUUGCAUGCGGCUGCAUGUUUUCCCGCCGUAUGGGAGUAGUAGGGAGCUUUAGCAUCUACAACGCCCACUAGUUAUUCAGUUGAAGUACUUUCCCGUGUUACCCUCGUUAAAUAAAGUAGACUAUUAUUAUUAUUAUUAUUAUUAUUAUUAUUAUUGUUAUUAAAACAGCGAAAUCGUCACAAAAAGUAAAUUCGCGCUGCUUCAAACUUAUUCGCUUUUAUUCUAUCUCGUUCAAUUUGUUAAAUAAUGGGGGAAGUUAAUUUCUGGAGUUGAAUUCUAAAAGACUGUAUCUAAAUUCAUUAAAUCGUUUUCUCGUGUUCAUGUCCUUCAUAAAUCGUGAAAUUAGGUACUUUAACGUCGUAAUCGUGCAACAACAGCAGAGUAAGCCACGAAAAGGCCUGAUGUACUUGCAGAGUUGUUGUUUUGCUUAUCUAAACCUACUGCUUUUUUGCCGUUGGCUCGUUGCCGUGUCUCCUGAGUCUUUGCUAAAGAUUCCCCUUAGGCCUAGUAAGCGCAGUUGCCAUCGGCUCCCAGGUUUUCCGAAGUGUGUCCAGUUACUUCAAUUUUGUUAUUCGUUUAGACUUUCGCAUAGCCAUUCAAACACAUAUCUAACAUAGUUUAGGUUUUUUCUUAUGUAGGUCUAUUUGGUCCAUUGCUAACGUGCAAAAAGGGAUCGCUGAACGAUGACAACACACAGAAAAACAUCGACAAAGAAUUUGUUCUACUUUUCACCGUCACAGACGAAAGUGGCUCAUGGUAUCAUGAUGAAAACAAGAAAAAAGCGCAAAACUGGCAACAGAUAAAUGAUGGUAUGCUAGAAACAAUCUAAAAAAUCCUCAUUUAUUCUAUAUCAUGUUUAUUGACCUGCUCCCCUCCUUUUUCUAAGGUUAUGUUCACUCUGUACCGGAUAGCUUUUGCGCUGGCGUGAAAGCCGUACCAGAUAGGGCUUCUAUUCACAUAUAAGUAUGUGUAAUCAAAUGGUGACGAGUGAAAUUAUUCCCUAAUUUCACGAGUAUACCAUUUGAUUACCUAAUAAUAUCAUGGGUGACGAAUUACGUUAGCCAUCGAGGAUUUUUGACUUGUUUAUCCUGCAUCGUAUCGAUCGAUCGUGAACUCCACACUCAAACGUUUAGAGCUAAAAUUUGGCUUAAGUUUUCAGAAUUUUUCGACAACAUACCUCUAAGAAUCCUUCUUGAUGUGCUCUUUCGUGUGUUCAGGUUUUCUAAAGCGUCUUUUUACGCCCUGACAUCUUCGUUCAUGACACUUUAAAACUUCGUCGCCAUCUUGAAACGGAGACGUACGGUAGGUUGCCAUGGCAAUUUAGUAAUUUCACAUGUGAAAUUACAAAUUAACGCUGAAAUUUCGCGCCAAAAUUAAGGAGUAAUUCGUCACCUAUGAUAUUAGAACGGUAAUUUUCGGUGCGAGUUUUGUAACUGAGUGAAGCUGCGCCUCGCUAAUCUCGAAAGUGGAGCGUCACGUAUCGUAUAGGUUUUGUGCCACACUUUGGUGCAGUGUGAACACCGCCGGGUAUUCGGACCGUAGAGGAAGUGAAUAAUAGGAACGAGGACUGGCAUGAAAUCCACAGAGACGGAAGUAAAUAUUCAGGAGCGAGGACUGGAUUUUACUUUACCCUUUCGGCCAACCGCUCAGGCAUGAUGUUCGAUGUGUCUGAACGAUUUGUUCCAGUUUUGUGCCGUUGCUGAAUGAAAUGAAUGAAGAGUCGUAGAUGAGAGGACAACAAACGUGCCCUCUUACAACAGUAAGCACGGACGUCAGCACACAAAUUAAAGGCGCCACUGGGAGCCGCUUUCAGUCCAUUUAUAAGCUUACUGUACCCACCCAGCCCAUGAUGUGAAUGAUGUGAAUGUGCUGUUCACACUAUAUCUGAUACAUUUUCGUGUCGGCACGAAAAGAUAUCCGGUAAUAGUGUGAACAGAGCGUAAGAGUAAAAGCCCUGGGAACGAUGUUGGGCUGUGAGGGCGCCGAUUCAUGUUUGCUUCCAAACGAGAGCGAGACCUAGACCAGGUGCAGCUUGAGUAUACGUUGAAAAUUUGGUGAGGCCAAAUUACCAGUUUUAAUUAGCCCCUAAUCGAGUGUAAAUUGAUCGUCAGUUUUUACUUCACAGUAUUAAAGGUAGAAUUCUCUUCACUUGCUCUUCGAAUGAAGAACUUUUCUGCCGACUCAAAGUAGAACAAAGCUUAGUGCUCUCAUUCACUAAGUGCCCUCUUUAGCUCUCGUCUUUUUUCUGUCCCCAUUGAAUUCACGAAACAAGAAAGAAACUGGGCCGAGUUAACUUUCGCAAAGAUUUCUGGGUCUGUUGCUAGGGACAGGGGAAACAAUAGCUCAAAAGCUGACCGCUGACCGCUGCAGCCGCGGUCCCAGAAACAAUUGGAAAAAUAAGACGCGAACUGUACCAUUUAUACGAGCUUGUCCUAUCUAAGACGAGAACAGCUCGUGUAAAUGUUUCACGUCUUAUUUCUGUUCUUGACUCGUUUUCAUGUGAAUAUUGCCCGUAGCAACGGCAAUCCAAUGUGGCGCGCCAAAAUUAACGCCUGCGUACUAUGCGUUCGCGUCUUAUGUAAGACGCGAAGGUCAUUUAUACGAAGUUUUUCUCAUCUUAGCUAAGACGCGUCUUAUCUAAGAACAGGUGUUAAGGGCUGUUCUAAAAUAAGGCGCUUCUUAGCUGAGCCGCGUCUUAUUUUAGACGAAAUGUGCCGUUUAUACGGAAAGUUCGCGUCUUAUUUAAGACGCGUGCUAUGUAAGACGCGUCUUAUUUUUCCUCGUAUAAAUGGCCCUAUUUUGGCUCAAUUGUCUUCUCGUUUCUAAAGUGGCGAAUUGAUUUGUGAACAUUUCAGAAGAUGAAGAUUACCUCGAAAGUAAUAAAAUGCAUGGCGUCAACGGAUACUUGUACGCCAACCUACCCGGAUUACAGAUGUGUCUAGGCGAGAAAAUAUCCUGGCAUGUGAUCGGCCUUGGAAAUGAAGUGGACAUGCACACAGCCUACUUUUACGGAAACACCUUCCUGCAUGAUGGGAGUGUAAAGGACACACUCAGCUUACUGCCAGGUCAGUAUAUAGCCGGAGAGCUCCAGCUCCUAGCAACAACAAGAGCCACUUAAGUGUGAAAUUUAAGGGAAUGCUUUUGGAGUUGAAUUCAUGGGAAAUUCGCACCCAAGUUUAGAUAGAGCAAGAAUAGUUUGUCGCUGUGUAUAUGUUGUGGCUCAAUUUUAUCCUUGGUUUGAAUUUUAUUUUCCUUGGUUUUGGUGUAUGGUGAUGUUAUGAUAACGAGUUUAAAACAAAGGGUAAUAAAAUUUAAACAAGGAUAAAAUUGAACCACGACAUAUACGUCCGUAGCAGAGCGUGCAAAAGGGGGAAAUGGAAAAUCCGUUACUUUUCGCGUUUUCAAGCGACGUGGCUGUAGCUAAUUACAUCGCAUCUUCUGGUUCAGUGAUACAUUCAUGAUCUCAAUCCAUAGAAUUUUCCUGUAUCCACAAUACUUUGUAUUUGCAGUUUAUAGAACACGGAACCAGUAUUAUGAAAGGGUAGGGUCUCGUAAAUCUAAUGAGGAAGUAGUUUCCUUUGGACGAGGAACCUAAACUUGGUAGAGAGCCAUCAGACGAGUACAAAUCUCUGUUUAAUUAUCUUCAAUUUUGAGUAAGAACAUUCAUUGUUUGGUGUCAAAGCAUAAUGUAGAGUACAGAGAAAGAAAUCCUUAUAGCUACAAAAAUUUUCACUCUAUUUUAGGCGUAUUUGCCACUCUAACAAUGACGCCUGAUAACGCGGGAGAAUGGGCGCUAGUCUGUCGGACCAAUGAUCACUACUCUGCUGGCAUGCAGGCUAAGUACACCGUCGGAAACUGUGGGAAAGCUCCUACCAAAAAGCCGUCUGGGAAAGUUCGUCGUUACUAUAUUGCUGCAGUUGAGGUGGAAUGGGACUACGCGCCCUCUGGUCAGGAUGUGCUGGAAGGAGUGCCGCUGGAAGAGAGCGAGUCAGUAUAACAUGCAAAGCUUAUUUGGGUAGUUUUAAAUUGCGAGUCGAGUGUAAUUGGCUAAAAAUCCCGCGCUAUUGUUUUUCGACCAAUCAGAAGUGCGACAGGGCCUGUGCGCGUUUUCUUGUGCGUGAUGCCAGCUAGGGUCUGGCUCACUAAGUUUCUCGCAUUCUAAUGACCCUCUUCCAUUUGCAAUUUCCCAAUAACUAGUUAUAGCACUGCGAGGGUAUCAAAACAUGCGGCGGGAUACUGCCGCUAAGCGAAGUUUCGUUAGCCUGCAAACGCAGUCGUGUCAGUCCGCGUUCCUUGCGCAAAAGAUUUCGUUGCAUCAUAACUCGACUGUGGGUACUUUCUCUUUCAGUGACGCAAAAACAUUCACAGCAGGAGGAGACGAGCGAAUAGGUCGAAAAUAUAUAAAAGUUGUGUAUCGUGAGUACACAAAUGCACAGUUUAAAGAGCAGAAAGAACGGACCGCAGCUGAUAAGCACCUGGGUGUACUGGGUCCAAUUUUACGCGCUGAAGUUGGAGAUACGAUGGAGGUAGUGUUCAAGAAUAUGGCGUCAAGUGGAAUGAAAUUCUCCAUGCACCCGCAUGGCUUAUAUUACAGGUAUAAAGCAAUGUGCUUUUUGUCUUAUUUCUUGGAUGAGGUUUUUGUGAUAUGCGGAAUAAUCAAGGUCGAGGUAAGUGUUACCAGCCGAGCCAAAGGCCGAGGCUGAUAACACUUACCGAGACCUUGAUUAUUUAGGAUAUCACAAAAACCGCGCGAAUCUAAUAAUUGUUUUAUUAUUAUUACAUUGUUUUGAAGAAAAUAAUGACAAACACACAGUCGCAAGGAACCUGAAUGGAUAUUGUUAUUGGAAAUCAUGCAUUGCGCGCGCAACCUACAGAUUAGUAAAUUAUCUGCCAGCAGAUAACUAACUAAUCUGCAGGUUGCGCUGAUUUCCAAAAUUAGCCGUACGCUCUUAGCCAAUGAGAAGACAGAAAGUGAGUACAAUGUAUAAUAAACGCUUUUCAACUUCGUCCUAUGUAAGGGAUUCCAAUAUCCGAAAAAUUUUUGCUUGUGAAAUCUGGAAUCUUGGGCUUUGGAAUCCGGAAUCCCACUAACAAUUAGGAAUCCAGUACCUGGAAUCCGGAAUCCACGGUGUGGAAUCUAGAAUCCAAGAUGUUGUGUUCUAAUUGCUUUACUGAAACAGAACAAGAAGAGCGUAAAAGUUGACUAUCCGGCGUCAUCGUUACGCCAUUAGGGAGCUUAAGAACCACGACGAAGUUCACGACGACGACGUCUGUUGACUGGAACGAGAACGUCAGUUUCGGCGGGAAAAAGGAAACUUAAGAUGCAGUCGAUCGGUAGGUCGACGACGACACUGAAUGUAAACAAACAUGUAGAAGUAGUACAACUGUGAUGUUCGUUCGCAACAAAGUUUUUUCGCAAAGGCGUCUUUUAAGACGAUGCAAGGUCUUAUUUUAUAAGCCGUACGUCUACUUUCAUUGACGAUGAAGAAUUUUUAGUGUUGUCUGACCUUUUCGAAUGGAAAAAUCUCUGCUUUCCGUACGAAGGUUAUUCAACUUUCAACCUGAAUAACAUGACCGAGUCCGAUUGUCUGUCAGAGUUUAGAUUUGGAAAAAGAGACAUUCCGAUGCGAUAGCUGUUUUCCAUAUAAAGUUCAUUCCCUCUAUUUUAAAGAUAUAUGAUUUGCCUGACCUAAAUACGUACAAAUAACUUACGAGUUCGCUCGCUCGGCCUGCACAGCUCAGUGUUGUCUUCGAAGUAAACACAAUUCAUCAGUCAAAUUUUCAAGCAACAUCGCUUGUUAGGAGAAAAAAGAAAGGAUACCUGGAUUUACGAGAUGAAAAAAUACAAAUCCCUUGAAAAAUCGCUUAAAAACAGGGAGUUAUACCUGCCGAAGCUUGUGGACUGCAGGACGACGUGAUUCUACUGUGUUUGGCGUCGUCGACGACAGCACGACGACGAAAUUUGUUGACCGCGCUUGCGCAGUGCACGAUAUCUCACUUCCGGUCGUCGUCGACAAAGUCGUCGUCGUGGUUCUUAAGUUCCCUAUUAUCAAGACUAUAUCUAAUUAAAUACAUUUGCAUAAUUUGUUUCUUAGAUAGUCUUGAUACUGGCGUUUCGAUGACGCCAAAAUUACGUCGACUUUUUACGCUCUUAUAUUCUCAUUGCGAUGUUUAUUUCUUGUUAUCGUUCGUGUCUUUUAUUUCCAGCAAAGGCUUUGAGGGCUCAGACUAUAAGGAUGGCACACGUGGCAGCGAUAAAGUUGAUAACAGCGUAGAUUCUGGUAAAAUGUUUAAGUAUUCUUGGGAGGUCCCAGAACGCGCUGGGCCCGGAACAGAUGGCCCUGCCUGCUCCACAUGGGCCUAUUACUCAGAUGUUAACCCAAUAAAGGACACAAAUAGUGGUCUUGUGGGUCCACUUAUAGUCUGCAAAAAGGUGAGGAACAAUUGAUUGGCCGAUGUCUUACUCUGAUUUAGUUAAUUAAACAGAAAUUUUCCAUUAUUGUGUUAUAUUGAUCAGGGACAUUUUUGAUGGGAACACUUUUGUUUCACGUCUAAAGUAAGAUGCAUUUCUAAAUACCGGAUCAAAAAAGGCGUGACCGUCCCGUGGUAGUUCGCUUAAUGCAUGCCCUGAUUUUCAGACAGUCUUGGAUGCUCUAAUGAUGCUAGUUUAAUAAAAGGUUGUAAUGUAAUUUGAGUGAGUAACAGACAAAUAAAUCCACGCGAAGGAUUUCGCUUAUUUUAUAGCCUUCUACAUCUACAUUCUAGAUGUAGAAGGCUAUAAAAUAAGCGAAAUGCGGAAGGUGCAACAUGUAAAGAAGGUUAUUAUAAGCUGCUGUUUGCUGAAAUAAUUUUUUCGUAUGUCAUUUUAAUUUAUUAUUGUAUUACAGCAGGCUCGGUAAACCCUUGACUUUUGCGAAAAAGAAACCUUAAAUUGAAUUGACUUAUCUGUAAAACACCAUAAUAGAGACGUGUUAUGGAUGUUAAACGGUUGGGAUGUUCCUUAGUCCAGUUCUGGCCCCCCUCUCUCUAUCACACAACGCCGACGUUGCGUGACAGAGAGAACAUAGACUAGAUGUUCCCCUCCGGGCUAUUACAAUUUUUCCUUGGGCGUUGAGCUCCACUCCUCCUUUGCGCUUUCGUUCUUAAUUCUAUUAGGAAGUUACAUGAAAACAAAUGAGGGUAAAGGGAUUUACCCUCUUGAUUUUAUGUAUGAGCAAGCAGGCUUGCUGACUUAUUGUUGUGAGCUAUCUCACGCUAAUCUUUGUGUUUCCUGUGGUUCCUUGGGUGUUCUGUCCCUAUUUAGGCUUUACAAUCUAGAUUUGUGUUCAGUCAGGAUGAUUUUUGAAAGUGAAGAAUGAUCAAAUAAAUUUUUCAAUUUAAGCAAUUGGAAAGAAGAAGCCUGAAAAAAAAAGCCCUGAUUUUUUUUUCAGGCUUCUUCUUUCCAAUUGCUUAAAUUUCGAUGAUCAUUCUUCACUUUCAUCUACCACCGCAGUUCAGAAAUGAAUUAUUUCAUAUACUUCACGUCAGGAUGAUUUUUAGCAAGUAUGUCCAGCCUUAUCAUCAUAUAAAAUCUUUGUUCAAAAUUGUAACACCCUUGGUGCGUCAUUCUAAUUGCGCUAAGUUUGACACAUUGUGGCGCGCAAGAAGUUGCAAAUUAUGUUCGUUUGACUGUAAACUGGCCAAUAAUGACCCAAAUCAUGAAACUGCUGUAUAAGAUGCCAAGGGUCUGUAGUUUAAGCAGUGUGUAAAUGACAGUUCAUCGUUUCUCAGAUGAUGUUUUGCUGCCCAGCAUCUGCUCAGAGCAUUAUACUUACAAUUUGUAACUUCUUGUUUUACACUUUAUCAGGGUACUCUGAAGGAUCCAUAUACACGAAAGGAUGUAGAUCGUGAAUAUGCGCUUAUGUUUACUGUUCUGGAUGAGAAUGAGAGCUGGUACCUUGACCAAAACAUCGACACUUACUGCAAAAAACCAGGAAAUAAAGAGACUCUUAAGGGAAACGAAGACUUCAAGGAAAGCAACAAAAUGCACGGCAUCAACGGGUUUGUGUUUGGCAACUUGAAAGGACUGGAAAUGUAUCAGAAGGAAAAAGUAAACUGGUACCUGGUUGGUAUUGGAAACGAGGUUGAUAUGCACACGGUUCACUUUCAUGGGCAGACUUUCCUUCAUGUAAGUAACAUCAUAGAAUUAAUUUACAAUUUAUAACGGAUCAUAAUAGAAAUUAAGACCAGGGAUCAGAUUAAUAACACUUUUACACGUGUAAUUUACAAGUGUAGCCAUUGUUUUAGAGUCUGAAAACAAUAGCUAUACUUGUAAGUUACACCUGUAAAAGUUUUCUAAAUUGACCCCUGUUUCAGUGCUACUGUUGUUCUAAGCUGGCUCAGCUUCAGCGCGAUUCUAGCGCGUGCAUAGCACGACUUGUUUUCGGACGUUGAAUUUAACUCAGUAAAAUAGCUGUUGCGGCUGUUGCGGAAAUAAAAAGCGGAUUAGUGAAAAUUUAUUAGUUUAUUUUAAUGUAUUUAUAAUUUAUGAAAUGAGUUCGGCACGGCAGUAGCAUGACGUUUAAAACAGGCCUAACCUUGCUUUGAUUUACAAGGCUGAAAAAAUUCGAAUUGACAUGGAAAUCAUUCAAAUCAGCAUGUAGAUUUUGUUUUCAUCAGUUUCAUGCAUGUCAGUUCUCAUUGAGGCCCAGACCUGCAUUUCGAUAAUCCAUAGGCUGAAAUGUCGUCUUUGCGACCUGUGAAUUAACCAAGAGCGCAGACUUCUGACUGGGAAGGGAGGAGGAGGAUAGGGAGAGAAGAGAAGACCUUCUCAGAAUCAAGCAUACCUUUAACAGUUGUUUUUCUUCGGCAGAAACGUGUUGCAUACCAUCGUGAAGACGUGUAUGAUCUUUUCCCGGGAGUCUUUGCAACCGUGGAGAUGAUUCCUGACAGCGUUGGAGUCUGGAUGCUGCACUGUCACGUGAAUGAUCACAUGGUUGGCGGAAUGGAGACAACUUAUACUGUUAAGGGUAAGUUAAGUUUGUCUCAGUGAACGAACUGCAGCGUACAUGUGUCAGGCCAGAACAAUUCAGUCCUUUCUAAAACGGCGUUAGCCACGUGUAAAUGAUACCUGGGUGCUCUCUGGUUUCCAGAACGCACGUUUCCGGGAAAAUCAUCUGAGGAGAAGCGGUCAAGGAAAGGCUUUUCUCGGAAAGCGCAAAAAAAGAGAAAAAAACGAUUAAUCUCCAUAUUGAGCUCUCAUUUUAUUCCUAGUUAUAACCGAAGGUUAGACGGAGUGCGGGCGACAGCGAUCCAAGGUCAAAACGCCGUUGCUCCAACGCUGUGCUUUGCCUAAAUUUCACGUGACAGAUAGUUAAAACACGCAUGAUCAGAUUACGAGUGAUGGAAGGUACAAACGCGCGUGGUAAAAUAGCGUUCUGUACAUUCCUUUCAUUCUUAGUGGAAGUCCAAACGAACGCUGGCUACGUACAUGCGACGCAUGCGUCAUAACGUCCUGGCCCGGGUUGCUCGAAGCAUGGUCAGUGCUUACCAGCGUUAAAUACCAUGGAAACCUAUACAUUUUGAUACCUCUUAACCAACGGUUAGCGCUAACCAGGCUUCGAGCAACCGGCCCCUGGACGUUAGGAUUGCGGGCUCCUCUUGUCGCCCGCAAUAAUGUACAUAGAUAUUAAUGACAAAACUGUAUUAAUUAGUAAUGAUUUGGAGAAACAUAAACAUAAAAAAACUAACGAAAUAAAGUUCCGACGUUUCGGCGAGAUCAUGACGCCAUUAUCAAGGAAUGGAAAUAAAUGCGAGUUCAAAUGAUUUUUGAAUACUUUAACGCCAUUUGAACUCUUAUUUAUUUCCAUUCCCUAAUAAUGGCGUCAUAGUGUCACCGAAAUGUCUGAACUUUAUUUCGUUAGGUUGUACAUGAUAAUAAAACUGUGUUAAUUCCAUGAAUUCAUAGAUGGUUCACUGAAGCCAACCACCGAUUUCAUUGGUCCAUUCAGUACCGCAGGCUCACCUUUGUCCAGCAGUUAUAUCAUCUGCUUGCUGAUAGCUGUUAUUGUGACUGUAUUUUGAAUGCUGUUUUGGAGAGGAAAGUAGACAGUAGAUUAGCUUUUAAUAGCAUUCUUUUAUAAUAGGUAGCUGACCAUAUGGCCCUUUUAAUCAGACUGUGAACUCACGUGACCGACUGAGCGACCGUAUGACUAACUCAUCAGAGAAUGAAUAUUUGAAAGACUGAACAACUGACAGACCACCGUAAAAACCUCCGUCUCCCGUACGGAUUGGUUAAUAAGGUAUAAUAAACCCACUCCUGCUGAUAAUCGGAUCUAAAUGUAGUCGAAAAAACGGACCGACCUUCCAACUCCGCGAGGACGACCGUGAGAGACUUUACUCAUGAUAUAACCGCCAUCUUUGCAAGCGCGUGAAGGCUAUUGGGAUGGAUGUAAACAAUGUCGUGUGGUCAUACGCAGAGCCGAGCUGGACAAACAAUCUUUCUUUUAAAGAUAUUAAAUUUUCGGACUAGCGAGUGUGCUGUUUUUCUGGCAUGUAGUUGCUAUCUUUGAUUUUAUAAGCAGUGGAAGACUGGGCCGGAACCCAUUUGACUCGUGCAGCAAAACUCACGCGAAUCAUUGUAGUGCUUGUACGAUCACCAUGAAACGACUGCAUGGGAGGCUCACUCAGGCUAAGAAUCAGCCAAUAAAAUCUGCCAAUACAAGCAACGCCGGUCCGAGUUUGUUUAUUCCUCCCAUGAAUAUGGGAAAAAUCGACGGUAUAAAAGUUUUGUGGUUACGGUCACUUCGUUCCAUUUUCAGGUCAUUCCAUUUUAUAGUCAGGUCGUUCCACAGUUUCAGUAUAAAACUCGAUGAGAUAAAGAGCGAUUGUUUUUGCUUUUUGGCUUAAAGAACGCGAGGUAUCCAUAUAAGUAAUACCUUUAUUUCUGCUCCUGGCUUUAAGACUUGUGAAAAAUUCUGGCUAUAUUGUGGAACGAUCCUACUCUUAAGUGAAAGAUCUGGCUUGGAACGAUCUGACCAUGGAACGAAAAGACCGGAUAACAUUUGUUUUCAUAAUUAGUUAUUUUCACCAUAACGACUGUACGACGAACCGCCUCGUGCUGGACAGCGAAUAUCCUACAGACAGACCAUGUGACCAUUGGAUUUUAAGGUGGUCAGUCUACAUACAGAAGAGGUUUUUUUGUAGAAUAUUUAUCUAGGAACUAAAAGACGCUUUUUUAUGUUGAAUGUUUUGGAAUCAGACUGUUCUUAGGAUGAAGCUGCAGCAACGAAAAUAGCUUCCUGAACUCUGUAAAACACGAGUUUUUACUUCGAAUACUGAGUUCCUUGAUUUUAAGACAGUACAAUUUUAUUUUGCUCAGAAAAAAAAAAAGAAGCAAAGAGCGCUU